UUGAAACUGAUCUCUAGCUUUGGAGUAAAAGUAGCCAACACCCCAUAUGCUGUUUCUGUCUCCACAGCAAACAUAGACAUGGCCUUAAUGCUCUCUGCAAGAAAACUAGUGGAAGGUUGUCACAUUGCAACAUCUCCAGGUACCACACGUUUUGCGGUUGACUGGCUGGGAGUAGAAGUCACCCGGGCCACUCUUGGUAUCUUUGGGAUGGGCAGCAUUGCGUAUAAGAUAGCCAAGAGAGCAAAAGCUUUUGGCAUGAACAUUCUUUGUCACAACAGGAACUUCAGAAAAGAGGAAGAAGAACAGGUAGUUUGUGCCACUUAUUGUAAAAACAUAGAAGACUUGCUCUGACAGUCUGACUUUGUGAUGUUGGUUGUGAAUCUGACAUCUGAGACACACAAGUUCAUUGGGAACAGGGAGCUGCAGCUGAUGAAACCCACAGCUACUCUUAACAACAUCUGCAGAGGUGCAGUAGUUGAUCAAGAUGCCUUGGAAGAAGCACUCCAAAAUGGAGUUAUUAAGGCUGCAGCUUUAGAUGUGUCUGACCCUAAACCAUUGCCAAGGGAUCACCCCUUAUUGCAACUGAAAAAUGUUAUUAUAACUCCUCACAUUGGAACUGCAACUGUGCAAGCCCUGCUUAUGAUGACAGAAGAAGCAGUGGAAAAUAUACACGCUGUUCUCAAUGACCUCCCCAUUCCCAGUGAAGUGAUCACCAAAUAG